UCUUCAGCCCAUUACUCGUGUCCCGUAUAAUCCCCCAAGGCCGAAACCAUCUCAGAUUCUCUGAGUCACUCUCGCCGUAUCUAUGAUCUACCAUCUCCGUCUCUGGUUCGUUUACAAGAGGAGUUCGAUUACCUAGCCUUCGACCCCGUCUCUGGUUCGUUUAGGAGUUCGAUUAACGUAGUUAGACUACCUGGAGGUUGAAUCGUUGAACGGUCGAACUAUACUCUCCGGCCAGCGGGAAAGCAUCGAACGAGAAAUCGCUGCCCACCGCCACUGUCCACCGUCUCCGACGUACUUCUGACUUCUGCAAGUUGGUUAGAACCAUCUGCCCCUGCAUAGAGCGCCGGACUGCUCGAUCAAAGUUUUAAACUUUUAAUGGCGGCUUCAACAACCUUCUUCCGCACCUGCCCUCUCAACCUAUCCUCCAUCAAACCCAACAGCGCCACUAUUCUUUCUCAUUUCCCUUAUGUCAAGCUUGCUUCAUCUACCCGAAAUUAUCCCUCUCAGCCCCUAAUUUCUCACUACACUCUUUCCCGGUUUCACGGUCCCGUCACUCCUCUCCGAUCCGCUUCCACCUCUGAUACAUCCACCGCUUCCGCUCCAUCUACCACUUUCCACGGCCUCUGCUACGUUGUCGGAGACAACAUCGACACUGACCAAAUCAUUCCUGCUGAGUACCUGACCCUAGUCCCUUCCAAGCAGGAGGAAUACAAAAAGCUUGGCUCAUACGCCCUAUGCGGUCUCCCAGAAUCGUACCAAACUCGAUUCAUAGAUCCUGGCGAAUACAAAUCCAAGUAUUCAAUUGUUAUUGGGGGUGAUAAUUUCGGAUGCGGGUCCUCUCGUGAACAUGCCCCUGUUGCCCUCGGCGCUGCCGGGGUUUCCGCUGUGGUUGCCGAGUCUUAUGCCCGUAUAUUCUUUCGGAAUUCGGUGUCUACAGGGGAAAUCUAUCCUGUGGAAUGCUAUGUGAGGAUAUGCGAGGAGUGCAAGACUGGAGAUGUGGUAACUCUUGAGCUCGGUGAGAGUAGGUUAAUCAACCAUACUAGUGGAAAGGAAUACAAGCUGAAACCCAUUGGGGAUGCUGGCCCUGUGAUUGAUGCUGGUGGGAUUUUUGCUUAUGCUAGGAAGACGGGGAUGAUCCCUACCCUUGCAUAGAAAACUCAACCAGGACUUUUGAGCUUUGUCAGCUUCCACUUAGACUAAUGAGAGCAAUUUCAAUGAUAUUUGUGUGAAGAAGUUAGCUGUUAGCCUGUUAUCCUACCCAAAGCACUUCUUGAUGUGUGUAAUAGUUCUACAAAACAUUAUUGUAAGGCUAUGAUUUUCUUGCAGUAAUCGAUGAAUGUUGUCAAACGAUCAUUACAAUGUGCUAAUUAGAUUGUGUAGUGAACAAUAAGUGCCUUGUUUCCUAGAGCUGCAGUGUCCUAGUAUGUUGCCAAUAUGAUACGUGUUUAUGGAAGCAACAUUAUUUGUACUAUUAACUGAAUAACUGUUUAGCUUGAGAAAAUUGUGACUAAAACUCAACCUUU